UCAAAAAGCUUAAACUGUCUAACAGAACAUGAAUUCCGAAAUCCCCUCUCUCGUCUUGUAUUGUAAGCUAUGAGAAAACAAGAACGAGGAAAUAAAAUUAAAAAAUGGCGUAAUUUGGAAAAAGAAAAGCAAAACAAAAAAUGGCCUUCUGAAAGUUCAAGAAUGUGGAGAAUGCAGUGGUGGGGUGGCGGGUAGAAUCAUUUGAUCGUUGCUUCAGUGAAAACGGCUGAAAACUCUGUAAAACCCAUCGAAACAGAGACUCGAAACUAUUGAAUUAAUGUUGGUUCUGGCUAAAUGCAAUCUCAAUUUUCGAAAACCAAGCUGUUACUUGCAAUCAACAAUGCCCCAGUUUUUUCCAGAGCCAACCCGCGCGCGGCGGAGCAGGAUUGUUUAGCGCUGCUUCAGGCCUGUAACGCCCUACCAAAGCUCGCCCAAAUCCAUGCCCACAUCCUCAAGUUGGGCCUCCACAACAACCCACUCGUUCUCACCAAAUUCGCCUCCAUUUCCUCUGUUAUUAGCGCCACCGAUUACGCUGCCUCUUUCUUGUUCUCUGCCGGAGCCGAUACUCGGCUUUACGAUGCGUUUCUUUUCAAUACCCUCAUCAGAGCCUACGCCCAAACUGGUCACUCGAAGCCCAAAGCGUUGGCUUUGUACGGUCUCAUGCUUCGCGAUGGGAUUUUGCCUAAUAAGUUCACGUACCCAUUUGUCUUGAAGGCCUGUGCUGGCCUUGAGGUUUUGAAUUUGGGUCAAUCAGUUCAUGGGUCGGUGGUGAAGUUUGGGUUUGAUCGCGACGUCCAUGUACGGAACACUAUGGUUCACAUGUACUCUUGCUGCGCUGGUGGGAUAAAUUUUGCCCGGAAGGUGUUCGAUGAAAUGCCCAAGUCAGACUCUGUGACUUGGAGUGCAAUGAUUGGUGGGUAUGCUCGCGUGGGCCGCCCCACAGAAGCAGUUUCCUUGUUUAGGGAGAUGCAAUUGGCGGAGGUUUGCCCAGAUGAGAUAACUAUGGUCUCCAUUCUUUCUGCUUGUACUGAUUUGGGUGCCCUUGAACUUGGGAAGUGGCUUGAAGCUUAUAUAGAGAGACAGGGGAUUCAGAAACCAGAAGAGGUUAGCAAUGCACUUAUUGACAUGUUUGCAAAGUGUGGCGAUAUUAGUAAAGCUUUGAAGUUAUUUAAAACUAUGAGUGAGAAAACAAUCGUUUCUUGGACUUCUGUGAUUGUUGGUAUGGCAAUGCACGGCCGUGGUCAGGAUGCUAUUUGUUUGUUUGAGGAGAUGAUAGGAUCUGGUGUAGCUCCAGAUGAUGUCGCCUUUAUUGGCUUGCUUUCUGCUUGUAGCCAUUCGGGAAUGGUAGAAAGGGGUAGAGAAUAUUUCAGUUCAAUGACGAAGAAGUACAAACUUGUUCCUAAGAUUGAACAUUAUGGAUGCAUGGUGGACAUGUUUUGCAGGACUGGACUUGUGAAGGAGGCUCUCGAGUUCGUCCAUAGUAUGCCGAUUGAGCCAAAUGCGGUAAUUUUGCGAACACUUGUCAGUGCUUGCCGUGGUCAUGGAGAAUUCCAACUUGGAGAAAAGAUCACCAAGCAGCUAAUGAGACAUGAGCCUAUGCAUGAGUCAAACUAUGUCUUGCUUUCUAACAUUUAUGCAAAAAUGCUUAGCUGGGAGAAGAAGACCAAAAUUAGAGAGGUGAUGGAGGUGAAAGGCAUGAAAAAAGUUCCAGGGAGCACCAUGAUUGAGAUAGAUAACGAAAUCUAUGAAUUUGUUGCCGGUGAUAAGUCUCAUAAACAGUUCAAAGAAAUCUAUGAGAUGGUGGAUGAGAUGGGGAGAGAGAUGAAGAAAUCUGGAUAUCGUCCUUCGACGUCCGAGGUUUUGCUUGAUAUUAAUGAAGAAGACAAAGAAGAUACUUUGAAUAGACAUGGUGAAAAGCUGGCUAUUGCAUUUGGUCUUCUUAACACUCCACCCGGAACUCCUAUUCGAAUCGUGAAGAAUUUGCGAGUUUGCAGUGAUUGCCACUCCGCUUCCAAGUUCAUCUCUAAGAUUUAUGAUCGGGAAAUAAUAAUGAGGGACCGCAACCGGUUUCACCAUUUCAAGGCUGGAAUAUGCUCGUGUGGAGAUUUCUGGUGAAUUUAAAAUAUCUAGAAAAGAAAAGCUUCUAGAAACCUAUGGAUAUUUGCGAACCGAGUACUCAACAGGCAAUUGAUAGUGGUUCGUGUUCAUCAAAUGCCAUGCAUCCAUUCUGCAGCUGAGAUAUUACGUGUUAAAACUUGGAAGAUUUUUUCAAAGAUGCAAUUGGUAACGUUAUACAUCUCUUCCAUUUGAGACACAAAGCUCAGCCCCAUCUGGGCCCAUAUACUUGAGAGCUUUAACUUCAAGUGAGAUCAGUUGCUUUUGCUUGUAACUUAUCAUUUCUUAGGCAAUGCUGCAAGUUCAAUGAGAAGUUAGCUUCUUUGGCAGAUCAAAGCCUGAUUUCGAAGCCAAUUGGAAGCGACGGAGCUAACAACAUGGCAUGUCAAAUUUUACUGCGUUUUAUUCGAUCGUUAAGGAACUACACACACAGCACAGCAGAGAAUGCAGAGACUUUGAGAUUAUAGAAAAUUAUGAAGGUGGGCUUAGCCAGGUAAUACCAUAUGAUUAUCAAACGUGUUUUGGGUAAUUGAUUUUACUAUAAAGUUUGGAUUAAAGGAUGUGUGGACCUUUUCUUUUAGACACUUUUUUGUUCAUAGAAAAUCUUUAAAACUAACUUUAACUUAACGAGCCAAUCAUACCAUGAAUGAUUAAACAAUUUUUUUAGGUAAUUGAUGGAUGUAGACUUUUUUGGCCUUUUAUAUUUAUUAGUGGAAUCUUUUUUGUAUUAUUUUAGGGUGGC